AUGGCGUUUGCUUCCUUGUGUCGUUCUGCGUUGAAUGAUCUGGAUGAUAUUGUGACUCAGUGUCAAUUUUUGGUAGAUGACGAUCCACGUGCUUGGAAAGGUGAUUGCCUUCUUCAUCUUGAGGUCGCUUCCCAGUGGUCGACUGAAUUUGAAGUGUGGCUUUUAGACCAAGGCUUACCUGUCAAUUUCAUGCACUUGUCUGGCCCUUGUCGUGAAGUCAAACGUGUUUGUGCUGCUACGCUUCAUGUGCCGCAGUUGCCGUGUUGGAGUCUUGAAAUUGGUCAGUUUUUUGCUUGUCGUGCCAGUCUGUCAUUUGCAUAUGAAAAGCGUGUUGCGACCAUCCGGUCUUGUGAGCAUAUGUGGAUUACUGCCUUUGCAGACCCUGUAGGAGUUUUCAACUUUGCUCAUUUGUGUUCCGGUGCCUUUCAUGGAUGGGGUCAGGCUGUUCAGUUCUGUGAAGAAACCAUCGUAGGAUUUCAUGUGGUGUCAAGUGUAGCUGUUGACUCUGAUGAGCAAAUCUGCCGACUGGCUGCUCGCACUUGUGAUGCUCAAAUAGUGUUUUUUCCAUGGGGAUCCAUCACCAAGUCGCUCAAACGUAACACCGUGGUUUGCGCUCAGAUUGAACAACAUGUGUGGAUGAGUAGCAUGCACAAUCCUUGCAACCUUGUUUGGACUGUGUCGACCCCGUGCCAACCUUUUUCCAGCGCCAAUCUUUCGCCAAGCGGGUUCAAUGCCAAGGAUGGCAGAGUGGUCGUUCAUGUCUUGAAAGCAGCCAGAAUCAUCAGGCCAAUGGCCUUGUUGAUGGAAAAUGUGUAUGCGUUUCAAUCCCAUGAGCACUUUAGGAUUUUUGAAAGUUUUGCAAAGUGGGCAGGCUAUCAGUUGGUUUGGUCGCAAGUGGUCAAUGCCAAGGAUUUGACUGACAACACCCGUAGCCGAUGGCUCGGGAUUUUGCUCCGUAAUGACCUUGAUGACAAUCAUCCAGUGCUGAAGGCAGCCUUCAAUUUGCACGAGGGUUUCGUGAGUCCAUGGCAUGCUCUUGAAAACCAGUUUGCUAUUCCGAAGGUGUUAGAGGAUGCUCUAAUUAUCAACCAAUAUUUGAUGCCUUCGUACGCAUGCUUUGAGCUUCUGCCUUGCUGUAAGCGGAAUAGAUGCGAUGAGAACGCCACUAGCAGUCAAGUGCUUUUGUUGAGACUGGCCCCAAGAGAUCAACCGCUACAAACAUGCCUUGCUUCGUAUUCCACUCAGCAUUUUUUGCCUUCUUCCACAUUGAAACAUCAGGGCAUUUAUGCAGAUUUGGUCAUUGACUCUCAGGGCAGAGUUGCGUUUCAGUCGCCAGGGAUGUGGACUGCUUUGCUAGGAAAUAGGAUCAACCUGUUCCUCCCGAAAGACCAUGAGAUGAUGUACCAAGUCCUCGGAAAUUGUACUGCUCUUCCUCAUGCAGGAUUGGCAACUUUGCUAGCGAUAGAUCUUCUCACACAACGCAAUGAACCUUUGCCUAUCCAAUCAUUGCUCCUUCAGAUGUGGGACUCCAGACUUACUUCCAAGAAAGCUGUGUUUGUCAAAGCCGAUGAGGGGUUCGCAAUUCUCAAGCCAAGAGAUUUCUUGAUGACGCGAGAUGUCAUUAAGAGCGAUUCUGUUUUUCAUGAAGAUGCUGAUUGCUUUUGGAAAGUGGUGUGGCCUAACCAGUCCUCAUCAUGUUUUGGGGUUCGACAUGGUACCACAGUGGGAGAGUUGUGCGAAUCUUUGGGAAUGCAGAAACAUGUCAUCCCUUUGUUUGGGCUCUGGAGCGAGGAUUUGCAGAAGUGUUUUUUCCACCAGGAUGUCAUUGCUGACAAACGUGCUGAGGUUACGCCUGUGUUUUUGCCAUGCAAUGAUCGGUUUGAGUGUCCGAGUACGGUAGGUGAAGAAUCAAUCACAGCAACAUGGCCAGAAUCUCCACAAUCAGAAUUUGGUCUCAGUCUGCGCACAGUUGUCCAUGUAGUCAAGCCUGAUGGUGUCGUAUGUGAUGUUCACUGCGCAUUGUAUGAUUCCAUUCAGGAUGUUGCGGAGCAGUGUGGCAUUGCGCCCGAAGCUUGUUGUGACUUCCUUUUUUUCGAUGGGGAGUGUCAGCGUGAGCCUGCAAUGCUGCUGGCGCAAUUACAGAACAUGCACAUUGUCAUUUCCAAGAGAACCAAACGGAAGGUAGGUGAAUCUUUGGUUGUUGAAGUUGUCCUUUUAGGAGGUUCUUCGAAGUUUGUUCAGGCGACCCCCAACUGCCUGAUUCGCGAUGUGUUGCAGGUUGCCGUUCAGCCCAAUGCUUUGAUUGAUCGAAUCUCACCUUCAGUCAACGGGAAGCUCGUUUCUCUGGAUACAAGGGUUGGUGAAAUUGAAAUUCCUUUGAUUCGUUUGAGAGCUUUUCCUCUUCCGGGAGGGGGCAAAGGAAAUGGCAAAGCACAAGGAAAAACAAAUUCAAGUGACUUUUUGCAGCAGAAUGAUCCUUGGGCCAAGAUUGUCCCAUCGAAUGGUGGAUGCCGGUGGGAUCAGCUUCAGUUGAUGGAGAACCACCCAUGGUUUUGCAAAGACACUGGCAAACGUCUUAACCAAAUCCCCGGGGUCCAGCUGGGGCCCGACAAAGGAGGAGUGGUCUUUGUCACUAAGGCUGAUCUUCAUGAGCUCUCACAAGUAGCCCCAUCAUUAACGACCUUGUUGCUGAUCCCAGGUUUUCGAGGGUUGCAGAAUCUCGAUGUUCCCAAGAAUUUGAUGAUGCUGGCAUCGGAGCAAAUUACGGUUAGGGAACCUGCUUCGAAUGUUCAGUACAAGCGACUUGUUGUUCCUUUCGUGCUGAAAGGAAAUGUGGAGUACAAAGUUGAAGAAACACCAGGUGUUGUCAAUGUUGAUUCUGCUAGCUUUUCCGAACUGGUUGUUGAAACGCAUUCAGGUUGCAUGACGCACAAUACUGUUGCGAUGAUGGAGGAUCACCCUCUGGGUUGCUUCAAGAAAUUGAUCACAGCCAGUGGAAUCGCCCUUUCUGAAAUGUCCAUCUAUAGCUAUCGAAAAAUGAAAUGCGCUGAUGAUCAGAUCAUACACCAAUGCAUGAUGAAGAUCCCCCAUGGCUCUCUUGAUGAGCUGCUCAAACAUUCGGGGCAAGCUGAGCUCUUUGUGAGACAAUUCAUCCAACCUCAGGAGGAGACGAAUCACUCGAUUUUGCCUAGAUAUUUUGCAAUCAACCCUGAAGACGUCCGUAGUGCCAAACUUCUGGGUGAAUCGGUAGGGGAUGGAUAUAGAGGGCUAGCCUUGACAGCCAAAGGUGUGGCUAUUCGUGCCAGCAAUGCGAAGUUGGCUGAUGCUCGUGCUUUGGUUUUGCAAACAGACAUGAGGUUCACCGACCUCAACAGGGCUGUGGUCAGCAAAUAUGUGUUCAUUUGUCAGGGGUACCCUUGGGCCAUCUCUCACAAAAGCCUCAUCGAAGCCACGUUCACUGCUGUGAAGACGGCCCCGAUUCCACUGCGCAGUUACAGAGAUGGCGGCAUGAUUACGUGGGUCCUUGCGUUUGGAGAGCAGCCAGCAUGCAAUACUUUCACGGUAAAGAUGGAUUCCAAACUUUUUGAAAUUGUCAUGACCCCUCAAAGUUCGAACAAGAUUCAAAUCCCAAAGAAGAAGAGCGGAUUCAAUGGCUCCAUUGCGUCGGUGCCCAAACCAUGGAGACUUAAGUCACCCCAUGGCAAAGGUUCCUCAGGACCAGCCGCGAAUGCAACAAGUGCCACACAGAUCAAUGUUUCGGGUGAUGACCGAAAGUAUCAGCAAUUGGCCGAUCGAGUUUCGAAGUUGGAGCAUGGCCAAGUAGAGUUGUCAAAGAAGAUUGACGACAAAUUUGAUGUGGUCUCCGAUCAGUUGAAGCAGGUCCUUGCUGCGGUUGUGCCCAAAAGUGAAGCCCAUUCUUUCCGAGCUCGCCAAGACGGCCACACGGGUGAAACGCCACCCUCGAAAUCCCAAAGGAAUCAGAUUUAUCAGAACCUUGUGGCUUCUGGUAGAUGCACUGCUGCGUGGGUGGCUGUUUCUGACCGUUUGACUUUGUUGUUGGUGUCGGUCUAUGGUUUUUCUGGUGCUCAGAGUGACUCCAGCAAAAUGGCUCGCACCAAUCAACUUUUCAGGGACAUUUUUGAAUGGCUUUCCCAGCAUGGUGAAAUUCCGAUUGCCAUUGCCGCUGACUUUCAGGCUGAACCUCACAUGUAUCCAUGCAUCGCUGAGGCUAUGUCGUUUGGAGCUUUUCAUGAUGUGUUGACACAGUUCAAUGAAGAUGGGAUGUGUCGGCCCAUUACAUAUUCAAGGGAUAGUGCUUGGGUUGGUGGUCCUGCCACCUCCAUUGACGGAAUUUUGCUCAAUAACUGUGCGCUUCAAUAUUUGCAAGAUGUCAAGGUCCAUGUUUCCAAAGGCCUUCAACACGCAUUCGUGGACGCCACAUUUCAGUGGCCUUCCAAUCGAUCUGAUGACCGUAGCAGUAAUUUGCAAUGGGUUCCUCAUGCGUCUUUCGAUCUCACUCAGUUGAAAUCUGAAAGUGAACGAACAAAGAUUGCGCAAGAUUUGUGGGAGAAAGAAUUUCGUGAGCUCACCAAUGCGAACAAGGAGCAUAUUCCUUCUGAACCUGUACUUGAGGUGAUUCAUGAUGCCUUGAAAAAGAGAGCUUUCCCAAUUUCCUUGCCUUUGCUCACUGAUGAAUGUCUCAAAAGCGCUGUUGACAAAAGAAAGCAAACUGCCUCACCUGGGGUUGAUGGUUGGAGAACGGCAGAGCUUCAAGCUCUUCCUGCGAUCGCUUUUGCACCGUGGGCCCGCUUGUGGAACAAAAUUGAAGAUGGGUCUUUUCGUUUGCCAACCAUUUUUCAAUGCGCGCGUUUGGUCAUGUUGCCAAAACCGGAUGCUAAAAGUUUAAUGCCCAUUGACAAAAGACUGAUCACUUUGAUGUGUGUCCCGUACAUCAUGUGGAGCAAAGCACGGUUCGAUCAUUUGCAAGAAUGGCAGCAGAAAGUCUUUCCGCCAACUUUAUGCGGUGGAAUUCAGGGAAGACAAGCUGCUGACAUUGCUCAUAUCAUUGCUGCCAGAUGUGAGCAUGCCAUCGCUUUCCAGAAGCCAAUUUGUGGUAUCAAACUUGACCGCUCAAAAUGUUUUGAUCGCAUCAUUCCAAGAAUUGUAGCUGAUUUUGCAAAUAUCCUCGGAAUGGAUCCCAAGUUUUUGAAGGUAUGGCUGCAGGUCUAUGAAGAUUUUCGUAGAUUUUUGUGCAUGGGGCAUGCUAUAUCGAAAUCCAGCUUGUCCAAUUUGAACGGUGUGGCUCAAGGUGAUGCAGCCUCUGUGGUAGCCAUUAACAUUUUGAUGACAGGGUGGACAGCAAUUGUUGAAUCUAUUCCUGGGAUUGAGCAUUUCGCUUUUAUCGACGAUUGUUAUCUGCUUGCGCUGGAAUCCAAUGUUGAGAAUCUUGCUGCUGCCUUGACUGGCACCAAGCUUUUCGAUAAACUGGUUGGCCAAAAAUUGAAUAUUGACAAAUCCAGCGGGUUCGCGACUUCGAGAACUGCAAAAAAGAAGCUGGCAAAUGCAAUUCCUGCCCUUCCUAUCCAUGAUACGUUUGCAGUAUUGGGUACUUUUGUCAAGACGAAUGCCAAGCGUAUUACCAUUGAUCCCAAGAACACCGCUCAAGGCGUGCGUGCUAUUCUGCAUGAUAUUGAGCACUUGCCCAUUUCUCUUCGCAAAAAAGCUUUUUUGAUUUCCAUGAAAGCUGUGUCAAAGUUUCUAUAUCAUCCAGAGGUGAUUCCUUGGCCGAAAGCGACCAUCGACAGUAUGGUCAACUCUGUAGCCAAAGCUCUUUGGGGCAACAGACCAGGGUGGCGUAAUCAAGAGUUGCUUUUUGCUUUGUGCACUAAUCCCAUUGCUUGUCAUCCCCACAUGUCCAUUGCCACCAGAGUCAUUUGCAACAUUGUUGAAGAUGCCAACAAAAAGAUUUUUUCUGGGCUGUGGAAAUUGGCGAAAGAUGAGGCUACUCAGGUAGCCAAGACUGCUAUGCCGGUGAUCAAAGGGUUCAGCGGUCGCUUCAUCAAUGUGGUCAAUUGGAUCAGACAUUUCAUGCGUGUCGUCAAGAAACAGAAGAUUCAGCUUUUUCCCAAUUCU